AAGUGGAUGUGCACCCGCUUCCGGUCCCAGACGCCAUUUCCAGCGGUUGCGACUUCUUACGGGUUGUAGUGCGCCAGGACAAUGAGCUAUGACUACCACCAGAACUGGGGUCGCGACGGAGGGCCCCGCAGCUCCAGCGGGGGUUACGGAGGGGGUCGCGGGGGGAGCCGAGGCUCCGGCGGCGGCGGCGGCGGAGGCGGAGGGGGCGGUGGUCGAGGCGGCCGGGGCCGGCAUCCCGGACACCUGAAAGGCCGCGAAAUUGGCUUGUGGUACGCGAAGAAACAGACUCAGAAAAACAAGGAGGCGGAGAGGCAGGAGAGAGCUGUAGUGCAUAUGGAUGAAAGACGAGAAGAGCAAAUUGUGCAGCUGCUGAAUUCUGUCCAAGCUAAGAAUGACAAAGAUUCAGAAGAACAGAUAUCCUGGUUUGCUCCUGAAGAUCAUGGAUACGGUACUAAAGUUUCUGCUGAGAAAAAAACAAACUCAGAGAAGAAACAUGACAACCAGGAAAAGAAAUUGAUAAACCAAGAAAAAAGGACAUUCAGAAUCAGGGACAAAUCAUAUAUCGACCGAGAUUCUGAGUAUCUCUUGCAAGAAAAUGAGCCAGAUGUAACCUUAGACCAAAAAUUACUGGAAGAUUUACAAAAGAAAAAAACUGACGUUCGGUAUAUUGAAAUGCAGCAUUUCAGGGAAAAGCUGCCUUCAUAUGGAAUGCGAAAGGAAUUGGUAAAUUUAAUUGAUAGCCAUCAGGUAACAGUAAUAAGUGGUGAAACUGGUUGUGGAAAAACCACUCAAGUUACUCAGUUCAUUUUGGAUAACUACAUCGAAAGAGGAAAAGGAUCUGCUUGCAGGAUAGUUUGUACUCAGCCAAGAAGAAUUAGUGCCAUUUCAGUUGCUGAGAGAGUAGCUGCAGAAAGGGCAGAAUCUUGUGGCAAUGGUAAUAGUACUGGAUACCAGAUUCGUCUCCAGAGUCGGUUGCCAAGAAAGCAGGGUUCUAUCUUAUACUGUACAACAGGAAUCAUCCUUCAGUGGCUCCAGUCAGACUCGCAUUUGUCCAGUGUUAGUCAUAUUGUACUUGAUGAAAUUCAUGAAAGAAAUCUGCAGUCAGAUGUUUUGAUGACUGUUAUUAAAGAUCUUCUCAACUUUCGAUCUGACCUGAAAGUAAUAUUGAUGAGUGCAACAUUAAAUGCUGAGAAAUUUUCAGAAUAUUUUGGUAACUGUCCAAUGAUACAUAUACCUGGUUUUACUUUUCCGGUUGUGGAAUAUCUUUUGGAAGAUAUAAUUGAAAAAAUAAGAUAUGUUCCAGAACAAAAAGAACACAGAUCCCAGUUUAAAAGGGGUUUCAUGCAAGGACACAUAAACAGACAAGAGAAAGAAGAAAAGGAAGCAAUCUAUAAAGAACGCUGGCCAGAUUAUGUAAAGGAACUUCGGAGAAGGUAUUCUGCAAGUACUGUGGAUGUUUUAGAAAUGAUAGAUGAUGAUAAAGUUGAUCUGAAUUUGAUUGCUGCUCUUAUCCGAUACAUUGUUUUGGAAGAAGAGGAUGGUGCAAUACUGGUCUUUCUACCAGGCUGGGACAAUAUCAGCACUUUACACGACCUCUUGAUGUCACAAGUGAUGUUCAAAUCAGAUAAGUUUCUUAUUAUACCUUUACAUUCACUGAUGCCUACAGUAAACCAGACACAGGUAUUUAAAAGAACUCCUCCUGGUGUUCGGAAAAUAGUAAUUGCUACCAAUAUUGCAGAGACUAGCAUUACCAUAGAUGAUGUAGUUUUCGUGAUAGAUGGAGGAAAAAUUAAAGAGACACAUUUUGACACUCAGAACAACAUCAGUACCAUGUCUGCUGAGUGGGUUAGCAAAGCUAAUGCCAAACAGAGGAAAGGCCGAGCUGGAAGAGUUCAGCCUGGUCACUGCUAUCAUCUAUAUAAUGGUCUUAGAGCAAGUCUUCUAGACGACUAUCAACUACCAGAAAUUUUGAGAACGCCUUUGGAAGAACUUUGUUUGCAAAUAAAGAUUUUAAGGCUUGGUAGAAUUGCUUGUUUUCUGAGUAGAUUAAUGGAUCCACCAUCUAAUGAGGCAGUGCAGCUAUCCAUAAAACAUCUCAUGGAACUGAAUGCUCUGGAUAAACAAGAAGAAUUGACACCUCUUGGAGUCCACUUGGCGCGAUUACCAGUUGAGCCGCACAUUGGGAAAAUGAUUCUCUUCGGAGCUCUGUUCUGUUGCUUAGACCCAGUACUCACCAUUGCUGCUAGUCUCAGCUUCAAAGAUCCCUUCGUCAUCCCAUUGGGAAAAGAAAAAAUUGCAGAUGAAAGAAGAAAGGAAUUGGCAAAGGAAACUAGAAGUGAUCACCUGACAGUUGUGCAUGCAUUUGAGGGCUGGGAAGAAGCUAGGCGACGUGGCUUCAGAUAUGAAAAGGACUAUUGCUGGGAAUAUUUUCUGUCUUCAAACACACUGCAGAUGCUACAUAACAUGAAAGGGCAGUUUGCUGAGCAUCUUCUUGGAGCUGGAUUUGUGAGCAGUAGAAAUCCUAAAGAUCCACAGUCUAACAUAAAUUCAGAUAAUGAGAAGAUAAUUAAAGCUGUCAUCUGUGCGGGCUUAUAUCCCAAAGUUGCUAAAAUCCGACUAAAUUUGGGUAAAAAAAGAAAAAUGGUGAAAGUUCACACAAAAUCUGAUGGUCUGGUUGCUAUUCAUCCUAAAUCUGUUAAUGUGGAACAAACAGACUUUCACUACAACUGGCUUAUCUAUCACCUGAAGAUGAGAACAAGUAGUAUAUAUUUGUAUGACUGCACAGAAGUUUCUCCAUACUGUCUCUUGUUCUUUGGAGGCGAUAUUUCAAUCCAGAAGGAUAACGAUCAGGAAACUAUUGCUGUAGAUGAAUGGAUUGUGUUUCAGUCUCCAGCAAGAAUUGCCCAUCUUGUUAAGGAAUUAAGAAAGGAGCUGGAUAUCCUUCUGCAAGAGAAAAUCGAAAGUCCUCAUCCAGUAGACUGGAAUGACACUAAAUCCAGAGACUGUGCAGUACUGUCAGCUAUUCUAGACUUGAUCAAAACACAGGAAAAGGCAACUCCCAGGAACUUUCCACCACGAUUCCAGGAUGGGUAUUACAGCUGACAGCUUUUCUGUGGUAGUCUGAAAAGCCAGUUUGACAUCAGUUUUCCUUAUUUGGCAAAAUGUCAAACCCUGGGACUUUCAUGUAAGGUAGAAACCUUUAGUAGGUAGUAAAGGUUUUAAUGUGCAUGACUUAACAGUGUUCUCUGUAGCUGUUAUAAAUACACCAUAAAAAGCAGUAUGUUCUGAUCGUAUACUCUGUUGUAGUCAUAUCCACACUUUGAGAGUGUGCCUCAUAAAUAUUGUGUUGUACCCUUGAGAAAUUCCUUUGUUCUGUUAUGCAAAAUUAAUUUUCUGCCUAUAAUGACUAGGUACAAAACCAGCAAAAAUAGAAUGGCUAACAAAAAGCAGUGUCAAGUUAAGAAUUUAAACACAAUCACAUUUCUCUAAAUGAAACUUCUAUCAAAAAUAAAUUUGUUGUAAUAAAGCCCAGUAUUUAAUAAAAUGUACAAUGUAUAAAUAUCA